UUAAUGUCCCAGAAGUAAGACACAGAAUCUGUUUAAUAUUCCAGAGAAAAUUAUCAACCUGUGUAUAAGAAAACACACCUGUAUCACCAUAACUAAAUACGAACGCGUGAACAAUGGCAGACGGAGUUAACGUAUCUACACAUAUGGUUGAAAGUACAGUGAACAACACAGAUGGUCAUAUGUACACUAUUGAGGAACUCAAUGAUAUAUAUGUCAAACAGAAAGUAGGAGGCAUUGUGUUCGUGACACUGUUGAUGAUCGUAGGGGUGAUAGGAAAUGCACACGUUCUUUACCUGUUUGCUUUUAAAUUCCCAAAUUCGAAUCAUCGUGUUUACAUAUUGUGUCUUGCAGUUCUUGAUAUGAUCACGUGCUCAGUAGGCAUGCCUUUUGUGAUUGUUGACCUCCAUAAUACCUUAACAUUCGAAUCAGCUAUCGUGUGUAAACUGCUCCGGUUUUUGAAUUAUUUCAAUUCCGGUGGAUCUGCGUUUACAUUGGUUGUAAUAGCAGUGGAUAGGUAUAAGAAAAUAUGCCACCCUCUUGGGAAGCAAAUGACUGAACGUAAGGCUAAAAUCGCAUGCUGUAUCGCUCUCUCCAUAUCACUGAUAAUAGCAUGGCCUGCUCCUGUAUUGUACGGAAGAAGCACAGUUAAUACGGACGUUGAUGGAAUAACUGGAGUUGCUUGCUUUACAGAGGACAAGUUCAAGAAAACAAAGUAUCAACUUUAUUUUAACGCUGUCUUGAUUCUAGUUGUUUUUGGAUCAUUUGUAGCUCUGAUUGUCCUUUAUUCUUUAAUUGGACAACGGAUAUGGAAGCAGGCGAAAACGAGGACAAAGAUGCUGAAUCCGACAGUUAUGAGUACGGUUCCUGCGGUUGAGGCAACAUCAAGCUCUAAUUCGGGUCCCAGUACAGAUAACUCUAUUGACACUUUGUCUACUGGUGCUGUAAUUAGUUCAAAUACAUCGAGUAAUAACGAACUGUCCAAACAAGAAACACUACAGACGAAUGUAAAACAGCAAAAACAACAAAAUGAGACAGCUGAAAAACCCAGCAAAAAGUCAAAGGAAAAUGCUAACGCAAAGAAAACAAGGAAAACUACAUUAAUGCUAUUUAUAAUUACUGUGGUUUUCAUAUUAAGUUUUGCACCUCAUCUAGCACUCAAAAUAACUGUGUUCUUAAACAAGAAAUUUCUUGACAGUCUGACAUUUGUGGAAGUGUUUCUGUACCACACAUUUGUCUGGUCAUUUUUCAUAAACAACAUGGCCAACCCAAUUAUUUAUGGAUUUUGUGAUACGCGGUUUCGUCGAGAGAUCAGAAAAAUGUAUGGGGUAUUGUUCCGAAAACGAUACAGAGCUAGUGUUGUUUAAAUCAGUAUUUGUUUAAUAUUGGAUUAGGGCAUAUGUGCUUCAGGCUUGCUUCUACACAAUUAUUUCCGUCUGUGCCAGCUGAUGUCUGAUACAUAGAUGUAUUUUUUGUUGAUAUAUUAGAAGUAUAUGUACAAAGUCCUGAUCA